UUAGGCUGGGCAUGGUGGGACUCACCUUUAAUCCCAGCGCUCUGGAGGGAGUCUGAGUCAGGCAGAACCUUGCACUGAGGCCAGCCUGUCCUAUAUAGCUAUAUAGCCAUGCCCCAUUUUUCUUUUCUUCUUCCUUUCCUCCUUUAUUAAGAUCUUUAUUAAGACCUGGUUGUGCUAAACAUAUUAUGAAGAUCAGGCUGGCCUCCAACUCACAAAUACCCGCCUACCUCUGCCUCCGGAGAGCUGGGAUUAAAGACUGUGAGACCCCAAUUUUAGACAAGGAAAAAAUUGACCCUGGCAUCAGACGCCUCAGAUUGUGGCCUCUCUUAACUUCUUACCUUCCUUCUUUGAGAAUUCCUGUUUCCAGGGUUUUACCGUCGAAUGUAAUCAUUACACACAUAAUGACGCCACAGGCAAUCUUGUGGCACACCACAACCCCCAGGGUGGCCUUGAGAUUGCUCUGCCUCCAGCAGGGCUCCUCUGAGAUAGCAACUAGAUACUACAGCAUGAACAACAAAAGCAGUCAUUUCUAACCAAGCUCUGUCCCCUUGGAUCACAUUUUGGCAAUAGCUUCUCACUCCUCACCGUCCAGUCCUUUCUGUAGCUUGCUUUUCCCAGUUCUCCAUUCCCAUCCCUCUAGGUCUGACUUUUUAUGACUUUACCCUAAAGUUAAUUAAUUCAUUAAUUAAUUAUAUUUAGAGCAGAGGUUCUCAGCUUGUAGGUAGAGACCCCCUGGGGGAUGACCCCUUUCCACAGGGGUCACAUAUCAGAUAUCCUGCAUAUCUGAUAGUCACAUUAUGACUCAUAACAGUAGCAAAAUUACAGUUAUGAAGUAGCAACAAAAAUAAUGUUUACGGCUGGAGAUCACCAGGACUUGAGGAACUGUAUUAAAGGGUCACAGCAUCAGGAAGGUUGAGAACCACUGAUUGAAAGUGUGUGCACAGUGUGUACUCUGGCUUCACAGCCAGUCAGAGACACCUUGUAAGUGCAGAUUACAGUUCUCCAACUCAGAAGCAAGCACCUUUACUGGCUGAACCACUGUUUGUUUGUUUGUUUGUUUGUCUGUCUGCUUGUUUUGACUUUUCCAGAUAGGGUUUUACUAUGUCUCCUUGGCUCUCCUGGAACUCCCUCUGUAGACCAGGCUACCCUGAAACUCUGGGAUCUGCCUCCCUUUGCCUCCCAGUGCUGGAAUAAAGGUGUGUGUCACCAUGCUGGGCUGACUGAGCCAUCUUUUAGGCAAAGCCUGCCUGUGCUUUUCAGAACAAAGGCCGUCGUCACCUUCUUAAGCUUUCCAGCACAUCUUGUUUGUGGGGCUGAUACAUACAGGUAGUCAGAGAGGUCUUUGAAUCAGGGGAGGCUUUGGACAGACUCAAAGCUAUUCCUGGCUGGCCCUGGUCGUUUGCAUUUAUCGCCUUCAAAUCUGCUCAAGUGUCUUGCCUGCCCUUGAGAUUGUUGGGUGGUGAGAAAGUGUGAUUGGGAGAGAAGACUGAUCACCAUCUGCCCUCUGCUGGCCGGUGGUGGUAUUAAGCGCAUUGCCCAUCCGCUAAUGUGUCUGAUAGAUGACUGAGCAUAUAUUUUUUGCAAUGGCACUGAGCGCUUGAAGGUGAUCUGUUCUUAAGGCGUUCAAGCUCAGUUCAAGGGGACAUUUGAAGCUGGGUGGUGUAGCGGUGGUAGAUCUCUUUGCGCGUAUCACCGAGUUUGAUAUCAGUAUGCAAAAACAAAUAAACGAGCCUGACAUUAACUGAGCAAAUAAGACAGCUGUGAUCAUAUGGGGUGUGGAGGGUCAAGGAACGCUGUUCCCAGGAUGGGAAAUACAAGCGUCAAGCACUCGACAAAGGCAUUCAUGUUCUCUGGCAAAUCUUACAAAGCUUUCCUCUCUAAUCGGUGCGCGAUUCGCCGAAGGUCACAGAGUCAGGUAGAUAGGAACAGGACGUAGGUAGACGCGGUUCCAAAGUCCUUAGGUCUUUCGAGCUCCUGUCGUGGCAGCUAGUGGAGUUACGGGUGUGGUUGGGAACGGGUCAGAGCCCCUAAGUCUGGUGCUCCCCAGUCUCCAUAGGAAAAAAGGAGCCCUUGAGUGUGAACACGGGACGGGGGCGGGGUCUUUUCGAAGUAAGGGGUGGAGCCUGAACUGACGGUGACAGUGAAAGCCGCACCUGGUUGGUGGAAGGAGUGGAGCCCGGAUCUCCCGGGUCCCAGAGGAAGCGGAAGUGCUGGGAUCUGGACACUCACCUGUGGAACCUCUGCAUACAGGUAGAGGCUGCCCUACUGCGCUGCCCACAGCCUAAGCGAGCGGGAUAGUCACGAUUCUGGAAAAGAUGCUGGCGUCUCUGCUAGAUGUCACACACGGGCAUAACACCUAUCGUACGACGGGACUGUAUGCAGAUUGUCUCAGAGGGGUUCCGGACGUGAGUCACACAGACCUGGACUUGAACCUCAGGUUCCUUCUUUCAUAGGCGUGAGACCUUGGGCAAGUCACUCCACCUCCCCAAGCUUCACCUGGUUCGUCUGUAAACAGGAAUAAUAGCAGCAGCUCUGGCAGCCUUUCGAGGUUGUCCUGAGGAUUGGAUGAGCCAUGCCCAUGGAGGGCUCAUGGGCGUCACAAUGUGGAGAUUGGCGGUAGGAGAAGUCAGCCGGCUGCCCAAGGGUCCCACUGUAGGUUUGUGGGCCAGCCACAGCUAGUAGGCCCAGGUCUUCUGGAGAUCCUCCCAUCCCGCGGCUGCUGCCUCUCUUUAAGCACGUUCCCUUUCUGAGGGCUGGACAACGUAAGCUUGGACAUCCCAGGGUUGGCCAGCAGCAGCCAUGAACUAUGUGGGGCAGCUGGCAGAGACAGUGUUUGGAACAGUUAAGGAGCUAUACAGGGGCCUGAACCCAGCCACACUGAGCGGCGGCAUUGACGUGCUGGUGGUCAAGCAGGUGGAUGGCUCCUUCCGAUGCUCACCCUUCCAUGUGCGGUUCGGCAAGCUGGGUGUCCUGCGGUCACGGGAGAAGGUGGUGGACAUCGAGAUCAAUGGAGAGCCUGUGGACUUGCACAUGAAGUUGGGGGACAGUGGCGAGGCCUUCUUUGUCCAGGAGCUGGACAGUGAUGAGGAAGAUGUGCCUCCUCGACUGUGCACCUCACCCAUCCCGUGGGGAGGCCUGUCAGGCUUUCCCUCAGACUCCCAGCUGGGCACAGCGAGCGAGCCUGAGGGCCUCGUCCUUACGGGGCGGAGAAAGAGGCGGCGCAGGAGGAAACCCAGGCGCAGGGAGGAUGCGGCGGACUCCAGUUCUGAAGAGCUGGAGGCAGGUGCCGAGAGUGAGCUGACCUUGCUGGAAAAGCCAAUGCCAGAGUCCCCAAGCAGUGCUUGGAAGGAAGAGGAGCCCUCAUCGCAGCCUAAAGACAUCUACCCCUACUCUGAUGGCGAGUGUACGCCCCAGGCCAACCUUUCAUCUGCUGACCUAAUGUCCCCUAAGAGUGACUCAGAACUAGAGCUGCGGCCCUUGGAGCCCAGUCCUCUGAGGGCUGAGUCUCAUAUGCAGUGGGCCUGGGGGAGGCUGCCUAAGGUGGCGAAAGCUGAGCAUCCUGAGUUCUCGUUGGUCCUUGAAAGUAUGGCUGAGGCAAUCUGUGCUCUUCCUGGGGAACCUAGCCCUUCCUCUAUGGCUGGCGUGGACACUUUGAGAUCCCCAGCGCUGCAACCAGGAGUCAGGGAAGAUAUGUUUCAUCCUGAUGUGGAGGCAUAUCGUGAGGAAACUCCCAUGGAUUCUCCUCUUGCUGCCCCAGAGAGUAAGGAAACCAAGACUCAGAACCCCAGGGGUACAGGACACCCUCCUGCCACGAAAUCAUGGAGCUGGACCACUCCAGAGAGCCACACGCCCUCUGGACGUACAGAAGUCUCCAGAGGAAGAGCUUCCCUGAAGAGAAGCCAGCACCUGGGCCCAAGUGAUAUCUACCUGGAUGAUCUGCCCUCCCUGGACUCUGAGAAUGUGGCCCUCUAUUUCCCUAAGAGUGACUGUGGGAUGGGGGCCAGGAGGUGGAGCGAGCCCAGCAACCAGAAGCUGCUGGAGAACCCCAGCCGUGAGCACACAGCAGAGUGCACUCUGGACUCCGUGGACAGAAUAGAAUUGUCCCUCUGUGGUGGACUGGCCGACACUCGCGAUAUCUCCCUGGAGAAGUUCACCCAGCACAUGGUCUCCUACGAGGACCUCACUAAGAACCCCGGGCUCCUGGAUGACCCAAACCUCGUGGUGAAAAUUAACGAGAAGCAUUAUAACUGGGCUGUGGCUGCCCCCAUGAUUCUUUCUCUGCAAGCCUUCCAGAAGAACUUACCUGAGAGCACUGUGGACAAGCUUCAAAAGGAGAAGAUGCCCCGGAAAGGUGGGCGAUGGUGGUUUUCCUGGAGACGCAGGGACUUCCCAGCUGAGGAGCGCAGUGCCCAGAGGGAGAAAGCAGCAACCAGGAAACAGCAGGGAGAGAAGACAGAGGUCCUAAGCAGUGAUGACGAUGUCCCAGAUAGCCCUGUGAUCCUCGAAGUGCCCCCACUGCCAUCCUCCACUCCGGGCUAUGUCCCUACCUACAAGAAGUCUCUUCGUCUCUCUUCCAAUCAGAUCCGGUGUCUAAACCUGAAUGAAGGAGCUAACGAUGUGGUCUUCAGCGUGACUACCCAGUACCAAGGCACCUGCCGUUGCAAAGCCACCAUCUACCUGUGGAACUGGGAUGACAAGGUGGUCAUCUCUGACAUAGACGGCACCAUCACCAAGUCGGAUGCUCUGGGCCACAUUCUGCCCCAGCUGGGGAAAGACUGGACACACCAGGGCAUUACUAGUCUCUACCACAAAAUCCAUCUAAAUGGGUACAAGUUCCUGUACUGCUCUGCACGGGCUAUCGGCAUGGCUCACCUCACCAAGGGGUACCUGCAGUGGGUGAGCGAGCACGGCUGCGGCCUCCCUAAGGGCCCCAUCCUGCUGUCUCCCAGCAGCCUCUUCUCCGCCCUCCACAGGGAAGUAAUCGAGAAGAAGCCAGAGGUGUUCAAGGUUGCCUGCCUGAGUGAUAUCCAGCAGCUGUUUCUGCCCCAAAGACAGCCUUUCUAUGCCGCGUUUGGGAACAGGCCUAACGAUGUUUUUGCCUACAGGCAGGUGGGCCUCCCUGAGUCUCGAAUCUUCACAGUCAACCCCCGGGGAGAGCUCAUCCAAGAGCUCAUAAAGAACCACAAAUCCACGUACCAGCGGCUUGGAGAGGUGGUGGAGCUUCUCUUCCCGCCCGUGGUGCGCGGCCCCAGCACAGACCUGGCCAACCCUGAAUACAGCAACCUCUGCUAUUGGCGGAAGCCACUGCCGUGUGUGGACUUUGACACCCUGGUUUGAGCUUGCCCUGACGGUUCUCCUUGGCCUGACCCAGGACUGAUGGAGUACUUAGGACAGUAGGGGUCAGAAGAUGCGUGCCGUGGGCCAAUCCAACAAAGGGCUGCAAGUUGACUGGCAGCCUCCGCUACCGCCACCUUGAAACACAAAUGGCCGUGUUCGUCAGUUUGACCGCUCGGUACCAGGGCACUGGGUUUGAAGAACUGGAACAAGAUGGCAUCUGACAGAGAUGGCACCGAAUGAGGCCCAGGUGGCUGUGGGAGCAUGGGGAGUACUCAGGGACCCACCUCUCUAUCAGGAGUCAGGUAGCUGUCCCAGGCCUCAGUACAGCCCUGACCUCCAGCUAUUAAACGUGUCACUAGACUCUUGCAGGGUUCUCUGGCUCCUAGGCCAUUGGUUCUCAAUCUGUGGGUCGCAACCCCUUCGGAGGUCGAAUGACCCUUUCAUGGGGGUUUCAUAUCAGAUAUCCUGUUUAUCAGAUAUUUACAUUAUGAUUCAAAACUAUAGUUAUGAAGUAGCAGUGAAAAUAAUUGUAUUUACAACCAUGAGGAACAGUAUUAAAAAGUCACAGCAUUAA